CAACUGGGGCUCAGGUCACUGUCAGGUAGUGAUGGUGUCACAGUGCAGGGCAUCGCCUGUGACGUGCCCACAAGGCGGGCACCAGCCCACACAGCGGGGCUACACCAAAGGCAAUCCGUGCCGGAGGAGGCGAUGGGGAAGGGGGAGAAAUAACAAUGAAAACACUUUGGAUCGCUGCUCAACUAAACAUCUAAUGAGGAACAACCCGCGUCACUGUGACUUUCCAGAAUCAUCUCCCUAUAUGCGUGGCUUGAAACAGGUGCUGGAGGACUUGAGAGAUCAAGUUGUUGAUAUCAAGGAUAACAGACUUGCCAAGCUGAAAAUAGAAACAAAGGAGAGAAACAAGAUGAGGAUUCAGGUGAAAAAACAACUCUUGGUGCAUGAAAAGAGGGACAAACAAAUUUUGCUGGCGAAGUAUGAAGAAUGGAUCCGGAGGAUUGAUGGAACCUUAGAGCUUGCUUUGGUUCAAAAUAUUUUAGUGUCCUUUUUGGAUCAUCCUAUGAUGUCCUCCCAAGGUAAGCUCAGGAAGGCUAAGUGGAUGAAAAUGUCAAACCAUCUUAAUUUAUUUCAACACUCUUCCCAGUUUGGCACGGAAACUAAAUGUCUAGACCUCAAGGGAUUAGACAUAAGAAUUUGUACGCAAUUUGCGAAGAAAAUGGAGGAAACGGAUACAACAGGAAAAAUCUUAGAUGGACAAGGGUUUGCAGAGUAUUUAUAUGAUUACGUGAAAAACCAGCCGCCUGAUGUUUUUAAGAGUUUCCUCUCGCAUAUUUCUGAAUGUGCAAUGAUUUUGCAAGAAGGAGCGAAAGAAAAUGAGCUGAGGCUGAAAUUCGCCCUUCUGUUUUCAGCAUGUGACAAUGGAAAGGGUGGAUACUUGGAUCGGAAGAUGAUUUUACAAUUAUUUGAGAAGUUCUAUGACCACAGCCCAACCAAAACUAAACAUCAAUUACGUAAUCCAAGAGAAUGGCCUGUACUUGAACUUGAUGAAUUGGGCACCAUAGUCUUUGUUCCUGACCUUCAACGUAAAAAAAUCAUCUUUCAUGCCAAAAGAACUGCGGAGGUGGACGAAACAGCAGUGAUUCAGUUUGUGGUACCAGUUGUUGAUCAGGAAAAAGCUAAGCAGACGGUGGAUCAGCCUGCCAGUGAACCCAAACAGGAUGUAGACCACAAAGAAGAUGAUAUGAAGAAAGGUGGAGCAGAAGACUCUUACAAACCCAGUAGAGAAGCAGAAACAACACAGGAAACAACAUUGUCCGCAGAGACCAGUGCAACUCAAGACAAAGAGACUGACUCCAAGACUGAACAGGCAUCAACGGAAGCAGAAAUGAUUUUUACACCAGAUAGUAUAGAAUUUCAGAUUGAUUCUUUUACUAGCCCUGUGAAGAGCUGGACUGUGGCAGGAUCUAAAUUCACAGAGCUGAAGCCCUUAAUGCUUGUCCUUCAGGACCAAGAUUCUUCUGAUGCCACAUUUGCUUUUGAUAAGGCUUUCGUAAAUGUCGAACAAUUUGUCCAGAUGAUGGCGACAUUUACUGGAACCGCUUCCUCGAAUCAAACUUUAAAUAACCUUCUGACCUAUAUUAAGAAACAUUAUAAAGAGACUACGGAGGAAAGGCUAGCGAGAUUAACUCAGGCCAAGAAUGACAUAAAAUCGCACAAGCACCAGGUUGUCCUAAACGCAUUGUUUCAGAAAUUGGAUAUCGAUGAGUCGGGCUUCAUUGAUAUGCCAGAUCUGGUCAACGCCUUGACCAAAUAUAAGGACGGAAUGGAGAAGAAUGCCUUAAGGAAAGCUCACAUCAGACUGAAAAUGAACCAGAAAUGCCGGAGUGGGGAAACUGUUUUGACCAAAAUAGAGUUCAAGUCGUACAUCGAAGCCAUCGUUGCUGAAAUCGCUGAUGAUGAAGAGGUUUUUGACAGUAUUGUGCAAUUUCUAUCAACCAGCCUUUCACAAACGUGCGAGGAGGAGGUACGAGCUGCAGCCAGGAGAAAAUGGUUAUACACUAUCGAAGAAGCAGCACGUGUUGGAGGUAUCAGCAUGGGUCCUGUUUAUAAAGCUGUUUUCGAGAGCCUUUAUAAGGAUGCAGAAGGCCAUGGUGAAAAUAAGAAAAUCAGUGCUUCAAUAGCCUUGCUAAAGAAUAACCAUCACAAACCCUCAAAGGGUGACACUUUCUUGCAUUACGUCGCCUGUACCUUGGAUGAUGCAAACUAUGUCCUGAACCAGGGACUCUAUAGAACCGACCGAGCUGUGAGCUUUCACGCAAUUGACGAAGGGAGGACAAUCUAUGUUCCCCGGAUUCAGGAUCAUGGCCACGUCCACAUAUGGAACUGUAAACGGGAAAAUGUACAAGGUGCAUUGCUUGUGGUCCCAAUAAAAGAUUGGAACAGGAGGGUGUUUGGAGUCAUGGGUGUUGACACAAUUAGAGACCCGUGUAAGGAUAAGGGCUUCACGAAACAUGAGAUCAACUUUUACCAGGGCAUCACCAGAACCCUUAGUAUUGCCUACCAUUACGUGCAAACCCAGAGGAGCAUUCUGCAAGUUUUGGAAACUGCUUUCAUCUGGAUCCAUAAAAGGUCAACCACCAUCGAAUCUCUCACUCUGUACUUCGUUGACUCUAUUGGUCCUAAGGAUUUUAUAUUGCAGAAGAAGAUGACAGCAGAUAAUAUCAAAGGAGACAUAGAGGUGCACAGCCCUCCAAUUACGCUACAUAGGAAGAACAAUCCAUUCAGAGAAUACCUCUUUAAAUGUGCGGAGGUUUCUGAGACGAUUAUAACCGUGGUGAAAGAAGACAUGCUCAUCAUUGUGCCUAUACGGACCUUAAAAGGGAAAGCUUUUGCUAUCAUUGUUAUUAACCUUGGAAGCCAUCGAGAGAUGACGGAUCUUGAAUACAGGAACAUGUUAAAAAUGUUGGAAAUACUUCAGGCAGCUACGAUGGAGAUAUUGAAGGAGCUUGUUGAUCCAAAAGCAACAGUCUUAGUUUUAGAGGCUGAACAAAAACACAAACCAAACCGAAUACGGAUUCUGUUUGAACGUUGCAUGCUACAGGACCUGAGAGAAAGCAUCCAACAGCUCGAUCCACAAUUACUUGAAAAGUUCAAGAAUUACGCCAGACCUCCGCCAGCGAACCAGAAGAUCAUCACCGCAAUCUUGCUUCUCAUUGAACCCAAAUGGAAAGUUAAAUUCAGCUGGGAAAAAUGCAAAGCGGUAAAGAAAAAAAAACAUCCGAAAUUCUUCAUAUAUGCCAGCCACACAAGGGAAUUUGGAGUUUGGAGACUCUUAAGCAUGGUCAAACACUCAACUGGCCAAAAGAAAAAUCAUGCAAGGGACACCAGGGCCUGGGGGACUAAACUUAUAUAUUAUAUAUAUAUAAAAAUCAUCACUCACUCAAAAAUGGGCAGUGGAUUUAUUGAGAAGAUUAUCAAAUUUGACCCCACUGCAUCUGAUGUUUCAAUUGACCAUUUUGUUGUGGGAGAACAGAUACAAAAUGUCUCGUAUUUAGAUGCGUGGAAGGAGGGUUCAGUUGUAGCCCAUUAUCUGUACAACUGGAUUUCCGUCUGUCUGUCACUGAUGGAAAAGAAACUGAAACUGAGAGAUUGGUACAAACCCCCCUCAGUUUGCCAGCUGCCUCCAAUAAAGGGAGGGCAUUAUUAACCCUUUGCGGCCCAGAUGAAGCUUUGCAAUACCUU